AUGCAGAACUUGUCAGCGGUAGAAAGUCUUGGUGACGCAGACACACCACACUGUGAGCCUCCAAAAGACCUGGCAGCUGGGGCAGGUGGAGUGUCUUUCCAUGGAAAUGGCUGUAGCUGGAAUGAAAGGACAAGCAAUGAAGAAAUUGUUAAUUUUGAAGCAACGCAGCAAAGCCUCCCUGCAGCAAACAGCGAAGGGAGAAGUUGUGAAGAGUUUUCUGAGAGCAGCUUUAGUCCCUCAGAACCCAGCGGAUCCUGGGGUGAUUUUGAAGGCUUCACGGAGCCCUUAGACAAAUCAGAGACAUUCAGUGAUAACCUUGAAGUUUUGGUGAGUUCAGCAAUAACUCGUGGAGCUGAUGUGGGGCUGAGCAGCGGCGGCUGCAGCAUUUCCAUUUCUGCUGCCCUCGCGUGUGCGGAGCCAUCUCUGUGCCAUGGCAAGCAGGAGGCUUCGGGCUCUCUCAGUGAGGAAGACCACAGCUAUGAGGAGAUAUUUAAGUUGGGCUUUCCAGAAGUCUUUGUGCCACAGUCCAGAGAGUGCAUAAGAAGCUUAGAGCAAGUUCUUGAUGCAAGUAAUGAAGAUGUUUGGAUUCCUGAACUUUUGAAGAAUCAACUCUGCAUGGAUUCUGGAAAUGUAUGGAGAGCACUCAGGGACUCUGAUAACGCCCCCAGCUCAAGACAUCCCUGGAGUAAAUCCCAUUGCCAAGAAAACCUCCUGAGCGUUCUCGGAGUAGAUGCAAAUCAAAAGGACGUUUCAGAGAACCAGGCUGAUAUUUUUGAAGAUUCAAAUGUCAAAGAUAAUGAGGACUUUGGAUUUGAUGGAUUCAGUGUUAAUGAUUGCAAAGCAUUGAUCCAGACCAAGCUUUCUGUGUCACCGGACUGCAGACAUGGUCACCUUUUCACCUGCAACCUCUUUUUGAAGACCACGUCAUCAAAUGAAAACACACAGUGUAUAACAAUCCCAAGGAAAAAGCAGAUUUUUUCUACACACAACCUAAAAAUGAAAUUUUUCGGUAGUAAUGUUUGUUGAACUAAAUGCAAUUUUUUUUCUUUUUUUUUUUUUGAACUGAAUGCAGUUUACCUUCAUUUUGUUACUGACUUGGUACUAUAGACUACAGACAUUCUUUAGCAAAGUGACAAAUUGCUGUAUUUGAGGGACAUAAGGCCACAUUAUUAGAAAACAUUUCUCCUGUUUAGUUGAGAAGUCAAAUUUUGUAAUUUUGCCCUGCUACAUUUUGCUGCAGAGUCAUGUCUCUUACAGUAAAUGCUGCAGCUGCAACCAGGGUUGGAGAUAACUCUGGUGGGCUCUCCUGAAAUACUGACCUUCCAGGCCUUAAUCUUCAAUCAAAAACCUUCUUUCCCAAGUCUCAGGUGUGUUGUAAUGUGCCUUGCCCCCAUCUCUCCUCAUACUGCUCCAGUGUGGAUCAGCUGA